GGCCCACGAACACCCAUUCACAGAAAGGCCUCAUACUUUUCGUCACAAACCGGGAAAUAAUGGAAAAGGCAGCGGAUGGUCACUUUUGUGCUGAAAGCAAGGAGGACUGCGCCAUAUGCUUGGACAAAAUUGAGGGGAAGAAAACGCUGAGGUGCCUCCAUUCCUUCUGCACAGAGUGCAUAGACACUGUUUUCAGCCGGAAGCCUGCCUGUCCGAUAUGCAACACCUUCCACGGAGUUUACACAGGGACGCAGCCGACAGGGACGAUGGCGGUGAGCCGCGGCUGGCAGAGCCUGCCCGGCUACGAGCACUGCGGCUCCAUCGUCAUUACCUAUAGUUUCCCAGCUGGGAUACAAGGGCCUGAACAUCCGAACCCUGGAGUGAGGUACAGCAGCACCUCUCGUACUGCUUUCCUGCCUGCCUGCGAAGAGGGAGAGAAAGUCUUGAGGCUGCUUCAGAAAGCGUUCGACAGGAGGCUCGUAUUUACUGUCGGACGCUCGGCCACCACAGGCCUCAACAACGUCAUCACCUGGAACGACAUUCACCAUAAGACCAACAUUGGAGGUGGUCCACAGUGUCAGUCGUCACAUCUUGUGCGGUUCUGCUCCUCUCUCUCUCCAACACAGUUUUGGAUAUCCAGAUCCAGAAUACCUGUUCAGGGUUCAAGAGGAGCUUCGUCUCAAAGGAGUGACAGAGGAUGACUGAAAGACUGAAACAGCCUUUAGAUCUAUUUAAUACUACGUACUGUAACAAAGUUCCUUAUUGCAAGUUUGCACUUUUUGCAGUCCUAAUGAAGGGAUCUGAAACCGCUGCACUAAAGGAUUUUUUUUUUUUGUCAGCAAGAUGACUGAAUGAAAUGAGGCAUUGAAAAUCUCCCAAAGACUUUUCAGUUGUAAUCUGGCUCUGUAAAGAUAAAUACUUUGAACACGCUCCUUGUCAAAGCCUCCGGAAGUGGGAGGAGCUUUGAUACUGAUAAUCAGAUGUCAGGACUGUUAUGAGGUUAUUGUGUCCCAUCAUUUAGCUGAAUGAAUGGUUGGAGUUCUGCAAUGAGGUGUCUAAGGUGGUGUAUUAUGAGAAGAUAAUUCUGAUAAUAUCAUGCAUCAAUGUUACUCUCCAGACAAUAUUGGAGAAGAGAUUGCAAGUGUUGCACGUGUGACCAAUGUUUCUGCAAUAAGUGGCAGAUUUAUCGGUGCCUUAGAGCUCACUCUCCACAAACAUAUUAAAGCAUGUUAAUUGUGUCCUUGAGCAGGAACAGAGUUUGCCACCUUCGGUUACAAAUACACAUUUUAAAGGAGUCCCAAAACAUGUUAUUACAUAAUUUCAUGGCUGCUAGCUAACAUCUCCAGAUCUUGGAUCUUGCAGCUUAGAAAUAUAGCUGAUACAUCAAAAUCUUAAGCAUGAUGCACAUAACUUUGUGUUUGUGACUUCAUGUGAUAUCAGUAAACUUAGUGCCUUAAUCAAACAAAACGAGGGUCAUGAAAGCUCAAACUUUUUCUUUAGUUAUCAAUCAAGCACUACCGUCCAAACGUAUUACAUUUCAGUCCUGGCUUUUCACAUUCUGGUCCACUAGAGGGUGAUGCUCUCCCCAGAGAGGGCUGUUUGAUGACGUCUUCUUGGUAUGCAGCUCCAUCAUCCUCCCAGGCCCACAGUCCCACAGCAUCUCCAAACGCUCAUAGUCUAAGGGCGGUGAGAAGAGCGUAGCGUCUGCUAUAGAUGACGAGUUUGAUAUUUUUACUGUGUUUGGGUCCAUUCUCGCAGCAGCAGCUUGCACUGUGUGAGUGACAGAGGAUGAUACCUUGUGCUCAACUGCGCUGAUUAGUUUAUGUUCGGAUUUGUGAUGGCAGUGUGACUGCUGCCAAAGCUGAGUUGUGACAGAUGCUGAGAAGAUACAAAUAUUCAAGGCUCAGUGUAAUGCUGUGAUUAUUCUUUGACUGAAUAUAUUGAAUGUGUAACAGGUGUUUUCAGCCAUCAUUAAGCACAAAUAAACC